GCGCCCGCCCCGCCCUCCCGCCUCGCUCCGCACCCGGGCUGGGGCAUGGCCCGGACCCCGCGGCGCUGGCACCAUGACGCUCGCGCGCUGCUGGCUGGCGCUGAUGCUGGGGGCGCUCCCUGAAGUGGUCAGCGUCGACCCGAGCCUCAGUCACCCGCCGUGCCUCCGCCACCGCCACUCGCCCCCUGCGGGUGCCCAGUACCCCGCCCGGACGCCUCCGUCGCCCCCGUGUCCCCGGCGGGCGGCCCCCGCCCUGCGCCCUCACGCGCUCCAGGCUGGACACGCGCUGCGGCCGCACCCCGGGGGCUGCUUCUCCGGGCAGCGCGCGGCCAACGCCACGGAGCUGGGCACCCCGUGCCUGCGCUGGGCGGAGGUGCCGCCCUUCCUGGAGCGGUCGCCGCCGGCGGGCUGGGCUCAGCUGCGAGGGCAGCGACACAACUUCUGCUGGAGCCCGGACGGCGCGAGCAGACCCUGGUGCUUCUACGCGGACGCCCGGGGCCAGGUGGACUGGGGCUACUGCGCCUGCACACGCGGCCUAUCAUUGCCUGUCAUUCGCCUCGCUGGUGGCCGCGGCGUGCAUGAAGGUCGAGUGGAGCUCUACCAUGCUGGCCAGUGGGGGACCAUCUGCGACGACCAGUGGGAUGACGCGGAUGCAGAAGUGAUCUGCAGGCAGCUGGGCCUCAGUGGCAUUGCCAAAGCAUGGAAUCAGGCAUAUUUUGGGGAAGGAUCUGGCCCAAUAUUGUUGGAUGAAGUACACUGCACUGGGAAUGAACUUUCCAUUGAGCAGUGUCCAAAGAGUUCCUGGGGUGAACAUAACUGUGAGCACAAAGAAGAUGCUGGGGUGUCCUGUACUCCCCUUACAGAUGGGGUCAUCAGACUCGCAGGUGGGAAAGGCAGCCAUGAGGGUCGCUUGGAGGUGCACUACAGAGGACAGUGGGGCACUGUCUGUGACGAUGGCUGGACUGAGCUCAAUACUUACGUGGUUUGUCGACAGCUGGGAUUUAAGUAUGGCAAACAAGCCUCUCCAAGCCAUUUUGAAGUAAGUCCAGGGCCCAUAUGGCUGGAUGAUGUGAGCUGCUCAGGAAAGGAAACCAGUUUUCUUCAAUGCUCCAGGAGACAAUGGGGAAAGCAUGACUGCAGCCAUCGGGAAGAUGUGGGCAUCAGUUGCUACCCCGGCGGUGAUGGGCAUAAACUCUCUCUAGGUUUUCCUAUAAGACUUAUGGAUGGAGAAAAUAAAAAAGAAGGACGAGUGGAGGUUUUCAUCAAUGGCCAGUGGGGAACAAUUUGUGAUGACGGAUGGACUGAUAAGGAUGCAGCUGUGAUCUGUCGACAACUUGGUUAUAAGGGUCCGGCCAAAGCAAGAACCAUGGCUUAUUUUGGGGAAGGGAAAGGACCCAUCCACAUGGAUAAUGUGGAGUGUACAGGAAAAGAGAGGUCUGUGGCUGACUGUAUCAAGCAAGAUAUUGGACGUCACAACUGCCGUCACAGUGAAGAUGCAGGAGUUAUUUGUGAUUAUUUUAGUAAGAAAGCAUCAGGUAACAGUAAUAAAGAGUCCUUCUCAUCUGUCUGUGGUUUGAGAUUAUUGCACCGUCGGCAGAAGCGGAUCAUUGGUGGAAAAAAUUCUUUAAGGGGUGGUUGGCCUUGGCAGGUCUCCCUCCGGCUGAAGUCAUCCCAUGCAGACAGCAGGCUCCUUUGUGGGGCUACCCUCCUGAGCAGCUGCUGGGUCCUCACAGCAGCGCACUGUUUCAAGAGGUAUGGUAACAGCACUAGGAACUACGUCAUCCGGGUUGGGGAUUAUCAUACUUUGGUGCCAGAGGAGUUUGAAGAAGAGAUUGGAGUUCAACAGAUUGUGAUUCACAGGGACUAUCGACCAGUCAGUAAUGACUAUGAUAUUGCCCUGGUUAGAUUACAAGGUCCAGAGGAGCAAUGUGCCAGAUUCAGCAGCCACGUUUUGCCAGCCUGUUUACCAGUGCACAGGGAGAGGCCACAGAAGACAGCCUCCAAUUGCUACGUAACAGGAUGGGGAGACACAGGACGAGCAUAUUCAAGAACACUACAGCAAGCAGCCAUCCCCUUACUUCCCAAGAGAUUCUGUGAGGAACGCUAUAAGGGAAGGUUUACUGGGAGAAUGAUCUGUGCUGGAAACCUCCAGGAACACAAACGUAUGGACAGCUGCCAGGGAGACAGUGGAGGACCACUCAUGUGUGAACGUCCUGGAGCGACCUGGGUUGUGUAUGGGGUAACUUCCUGGGGAUAUGGCUGUGGAGCCAAGGAUUCUCCUGGUGUUUAUACAAAAGUCUCAGCCUUUGUACCCUGGAUAAAAAGUAUCACCAAACUGUAAUUCACAAAACUUCAACAGUAAAUAGUUGGAAGAAACUGAUGGGAACCACUAACUCUGCUAUUAGCACUACACAAGAGAUGAAAACUAAUGAAAACUGAGAUCCGUGUUUUUCCUUUCUGUUGAAAUUGUGUACCCCUUCCUGGCUGCUUUUGUGAUGUGAACAUUUUUGGUUAGAUACCUCAGUGUAAUAUUACCUUUAAUUGCUUUAUUAUCUGAUUCAGAUUACUGGGGAAAUUUAUUUCCUCUUUCUCAGCAUUCUCUACAAUCUCACUUUGUAAUAAGGUUGUUUUUGAUCAGCUGAAUUGGUAUAGAGUGUGGAUUUGUAGUAAGAACUCAUAUUUGAUAUAAAUGGUAACUUUAUGCCUCUAAA